UCGCGGCGUCGACGGGCCGACGUUCCCCGCGAGAAGAUACCUACGAUCGCGGAAGGAGCGAACGGAGGAAACGGAGCGAAAAGUUGUACCGGCUGGUGCCCGCCGCUGUGAAGGAGGAGGAGGUGGAGGAGGCGGAGGAGGCGGAGAAGGUGGCGGUGGUGGCGGAGCUGAAGGAGAACCAGGACCGCGAGGACGUGGAGGAGGAAAAGAAGGAGAACGAAGAGGAGGAAGAGAAGGAGAGGAAGAACGGAAGCGGAAGAGGAACCGGAACUGACCGAGACGCGGAAUCUCCCGAAAACAUGACGCAACAAAGCGGAGCUGGGUCACCGCCCCAGCAAUUUUGCCUGAGGUGGAACAACUAUCAGACGAACCUGACGAACGUGUUCGAUCAACUGCUUCAGAGCGAAAGCUUCGUGGACGUGACACUGGCCUGCGACGGGCACAGCGUGAAGGCGCACAAAAUGGUGCUGUCCGCCUGUAGCCCGUACUUCCAAGCUCUGUUCUUCGACAAUCCCUGCCAGCAUCCGAUCGUCAUUAUGAAGGACAUCAAAUGGCCGGAACUGAAGGCCGCCGUCGAGUUUAUGUACAAGGGCGAGAUCAACGUGUCCCAGGAACAGAUCGGUCCGCUGCUGAAGGUCGCGGAAAGUUUGAAGAUCCGUGGCUUGGCGGACGUAAACAGCGAACAGGAACUGACCUCUAGGCCUAGCCUGGAAGAGGUAGCGAACGCGGCAGCGAUGCACAGAAAGAAAAGACGUCGAAUAUCGGGCGAGAGAUCGCCACCGGGCAGCAGCCCCGAUCGAGUCGCGCCCGGUAGCCUGCCCGACGAUCACGACCCGAACUCCGGCGGAGUGGGCGUGAUCGUGCCCGACAUUCACGGCAUGCUGACCAGCAGCUCGACACCGAGAUCCCUCGGAUCUCCCGGCACCCCGAGCGUCUCCGUUACGCCGCAGAUCAACCUUCAGGAACUUCCGGUAUCGCUGCCCCUGCCACCGCCCCCGCUGCCGCCCCCGCAGGGACAGCAAAGCUCGCACUCCGUGUCCGCUCACCAUGUGCCCGGCCACGUGACUUCCGGUACCCACGCCUCCGUCAACCACCUGACCAGUCACGGCCAACAGCUCACCGUGCAGCAACAGCAACAACAACAGCAGCAACAACAGCAGCAACAACAACAGCAGCAACACCAUCAACAAGGUGCUGCCGGACAACCGAAUCCCGGAGACGAUCUGGAGAUCAAGCCCGGCAUCGCCGAGAUGAUUCGCGAGGAGGAAAGGUUGGUUCGUCGUUGCGAACGUUUCGUCGCGGGUUCCGAACGUGCAAAGACGCGGGAAAAAGGACUCGGUGACGGUGUGCGUCUCGGUGGUUUCGCGCUCGAUAUCUGCGAGGCCAAGUUGUUGGAGUCAUCCCACGCUUGGCUCGGAGCCUCCACGUCGAGUAUAGCAGCUGACUAUACGACCCUGCUGAAGCUGAAGGCGCCCACGUGGACGCGACACGAUCUCCAGGAAGCGAUCGAGGCGGUGGUCACGCAGAAGAUGCGAUUCACCCAGGCGUCCACCAAAUAUGGGAUACCGAAAGGCACGCUGUACGACAACAUCCUGGGAAAGACGAAGCGUAUGAUGGUACUCGAAGAGGCGGGCCUGAACUCGAACGAGGAGACCGCGGUCCUCGAGUUCUGUUGCGACAUCAGCGUCAGCCCGUACAAUCGGCGAACGAAAAAAUCGUUGAACGCGAUUCUGAACUUCGUCGAGAAGCUCAGACGUAAACGCGAUCCCGGAUUCCUGUUCAGCGGUCUCUCCGGUUUCCGUUGGUGGUGGGCUUUUUGUAAGAAACACUCGAUAGUCUCGCUGUACUUCAACGACGAGAACGAGAACGAUCAGUGA